UGCAAGUCAUGAUCAUUUCACUUUCUAAUUAAGCAACAUAAGAAGUUGGUUUCAACAAUUAAUUAACCCUAAAAGCUAAAAAUUGCAGAAUGAUAGCUUUUUGUCCUCCUCCUGUAUUUCCAAGCUAUGGGUGGCCUUUAGAGGAUCCUAUACCCAAUCAACAAAUCUAUUUCUCUAGAGAAAAUGAGAAUAAUAAUAGCACUUUAGGUCAAUCAUUUCAUAAUUAUCUUCAAUCUCACCCACCAGAUAUAUCAAAGCUUGAUCCCUCCACAUCUUUUACAGAUUAUACUGGUGAUCCUAACAUGGUUAAGAAGCUUAACCAUAAUGCAAGCGAACGCGAUCGUCGUAAGAAGAUGAACUGUCUCUUUUCUUCCCUCCGAUCACUUCUUCCGGCAGCCGAUCAAAUGAAGAAACUGAGCAUACCGGCGACAGUGUCCCGGGUGCUAAAGUACAUACCAGAGCUACAGAAAGAAGUGGAGAUGCUGCUUCAAAAGAAAGAAGAAAUUUUAUCAGAGAUAUCAAAGCAAGACAAGCAUCUUCUAAAUCACAUAGCAGAGCAAAGAAAAAGCAACAAAAAAAGCAGUGGUUCCUCAGUAGUCUCAGCUACUCAGCUUAGUGACACAGAAAUUGUCAUUCAAAUCUCCACUCACAGUAAUAAUGUGCAUACAAUAACUCCAUUUUCAGAAAUCAUACUUCACUUGCAAGAAGAGGGUUUCGUUUUGAUAAAUUCUUCUUCUUUUGAGUCUUCUGGAGGGAGGGUCUUCUACAAUUUACUUCUUCAGAUGGAAGGAACUCAAAGAUUAGAAUCUGAAGCUCUACGCCAGAAGCUUGUGUCCUUAUACGAGAGAAGGAAAGGAAUGUUUCUUUGAAUUUGGUAUAUUAUAAUAUUUGAUAAUCUAAUUGUAAAUUGAGUAUUCUCCAGAAGAUUUUGCUUUUGGAAUAAUUGAUCAUUUGAGUGUCUAAAUUUUUUGGAGUUCUAAUAUAUUAUUUAAUAUAUAAAUUAGCACUUAAAAUAUAUAAUUUCAAAAAAUUUA